AGGGCAAAGGAGAGAAAUAAGCCCUCUUAUCCCAGUGUGAAUGGCACCCAGGAAGGCAGCAGAGGUCAGGGAGUUUGGGACAGGUAGGGAAAGCCAGGCAGAUAAGGGGCUGCCCCCUUUGGAGCCACAACCAGAGAAACAGCUCAGUUAGUUGCAUAAUCUUUCUAUUUGCCCAGAGCUGCAUUUUGUCCAGUAACUCUGUGACCGGAGAAGGCACCCAGCAAGAACUGGACAAGAAGCAGAGUCAGCCAGAGAACAAAAGUUGGUUUUCCAAAGCCUUGCAGAAGGAUGGAGGCCCACAACUUGUCUGCCGCCCUCAACUUCACCCUGCCACCCAACUUCGGCAAACGCCCCACCGACCUGGCCCUCAGCAUCAUCCUGGUGCUCAUGCUGCUCAUCAUGAUGCUCUCGCUGGGCUGCACCAUGGAGUUCAGCAAGAUCAAGGCACACCUCUGGAAGCCUAAAGGGCUGGCCAUCGCUCUGGUGGCACAGUACGGCAUCAUGCCCCUCACUGCCUUUGCCCUGGGCAAGGUCUUCCGACUGACCAAAAUCGAGGCACUGGCUAUCCUGGUCUGCGGCUGCUCACCUGGGGGAAACCUGUCCAACGUCUUCAGUCUGGCCAUGAAAGGGGACAUGAACCUCAGUAUUGUGAUGACUACCUGCUCCACCUUCUUUGCCCUGGGCAUGAUGCCUCUCCUCUUGUACAUCUACUCCAGAGGGAUUUUUGAUGGGGACGUGAAGGAUAAGGUACCCUAUGGAAGGAUCAUGAUAUCAUUGGUUCUCGUUCUCAUUCCUUCCACCAUGGGAAUCAUCCUCAAAUCCAAACGGCCACAAUAUGUAGGCUAUGUCACAAAGGGAGGGAUGAUCAUCAUUCUCUUGCUCAGUGUGGCCAUCAUCGCCCUUUCUGCCAUCAAUGUGGGCAAGAGCAUCAUGGUUGCCAUGACACCACUGUUGCUGGCCACCUCCUCCCUGAUGCCUUUUAUUGGCUUUCUCCUGGGCUACAUUCUCUCUGCUCUCUUCCGCCUCAAUGGACGGUGCAGACGCACAGUCAGCAUGGAGACUGGAUGCCAAAAUGUUCAACUCUGCUCUACCAUCCUCAAUGUGACCUUUCCCCCUGAAGUCAUUGGACCCCUGUUCUUUUUUCCCCUCCUCUACAUGAUUUUCCAGCUUGGGGAAGGGCUUCUUCUCAUUGCCAUCUUUCGGUGCUAUGAGAAAAUCAAGACUCCCAAAGAUAAAACAAAAAUGAUUUACACAGCUGCCACAACUGAAGAAACAACUCCGGAACCUCUGAGAAAUGGCACCCACAAAAAAGAGGGCUCCCCUUGCAGAGUCUAGUCCUUCUCCCCCUACCAUCACCAACACCCCAGAUUCUGAUCAGAAAGCAAUUCAGAAAAGCAGCGUGGUAAACCACAGAGAGCAGCAAAAAACAGUAAUCUUGCCUGAGUUUUCUCCAUUUCCAGCAAAACCUAUCACAAUCAUCAAGCUUUGGCUGGGAAGACAGAGGGUGUCUACCUGAGAAGCCUCACCUAUCCAUUUAAGAUUUGCUACUUAUUUAAAAAAUAAGACAUGUAGAGUGACUACAAAUUCUAUGAAGGCAGAAAUACAAGGUGUCUGAUAAGCUU